UAAGACGUUUCAAAAAGGUCUUUUGAAGAGCAAAGAGAAUAACUUUUCUGGAAGAUCAUGGAAUGAUUUGAAAUGUAACUGUUCUUUCCUAAUAAGGAGCUGAGUUCUAGUCACCGUAAAGGUCAAAAGUUCUGGCUAUGAAACUUAGCAAAUUCUCUUUGUAAUUUGUAAUUCUAAGACCACAUCCUAUAUUUGCAUGCACUAACAGUCUAUUGAUUCAGAUUUAUCUAGCUGACUGAAAAGAAGGGCUAGAAAUCAUUGAAAACUUGCCUGCUAGGCCUUGCAAGUUGCAAGUUAUGUCAAAUGAUCAUAGAUUCAAAAGGGAUAGACAUAUGGAAUGGUCAGAGUCUAUAUAUCUAUAGUAAAGUUAAUGUUGUUUGGCACAUCCUAUGUCUUGAUUAGGGCCAACCUUGAGGAAAGUCAGAACUCAUUCUGUUAACUGUUACUUGUUCAUGUAUAUAUAUAUGAACUAGCUUCUCAUUUUCUCCUCCAUUGAAUGGUGAAUAUUGCAGCUGAAAUGGCUUAUCUUGAGACCAAGAAAUAUCUUAGCACCAUUGGCUUUCUUGUCAUCGUUCUAUGCCUAUUUCCUGCAAUGGAUGACGCUACUGCAGUUUGGCUAAAUCAUGGAGCUGAUAUUAGCAAUACAAGAAGUGCAAAGGGAGAGGUGCUAAUCAAUCGAUUGACAGUUAAGAAUUUGCGGCUAAAAUGGACAUUCUUUGCCGGUAAAGACAUAUCUGCAACUCCAGCAAUAGCCAAUGGAGUUGUAUAUUUUCCAUCUUGGAAUGGAUUUUUGUAUGCAGUUAAUGCAUUCAACGGUGCUUUAAUAUGGAGGCAGAACCUCAGUCAGCUAACCGGACUAAAUGGCACCGGAAUCGUAGUGAACGUGACCGUGUCAAGAUCAACCCCGACAAUAGCCGACGACCUCUUGCUUGUUGGAAUUUAUGGGCCUGCUGUAGUGAUUGCUGUCGCACGGGCCAGUGGGAGACUUGUGUGGUCUACUCAACUAGAUCCACGCCCUCGAGCACAGAUUACGCAAUCCGGAACAUUUUACAACGGAGCUUUCUAUGUUGGAGUUUCGUCACUAGAAGUAGGUUUACCUGCUAAUCAGUGCUGCACUUUCCGAGGUAGCAUGGCAAAGCUAAAUGUUCGGACAGGCACCACCAUAUGGCGAACAUACACGCUACCUGAUAACGAAGGCCAAUUGGGAGGCUACUCAGGAGCUGCCAUUUGGGGAAGCAGCCCUGCUAUUGAUGUAACUAGGAGACUGGUUUUCGUCGGAACUGGGAACCUCUACACGGCUCCUCGAGAAGUGACCCAGUGCCAAGAAGCACAAAAUAAUCAGACAACAAAACCAGCCCAGCCAGACCAGUGCAUCGGGCCAGAUAUCCACUUCGACUCAAUUUUGGCUAUCGAUAUCGAUACUGGAAGGAUUAAAUGGUCAAGGAAACUGAGUGGCUAUGAUGUUUUUUACUUUGCAUGUUUGGUUCCUAACAACCCCGAUUGCCCUCCAGGACCUAAUCUGGAUGCAGAUUUUGGAGAGGCACCCAUGUUGCUUACCAUCACUGCUAACCGAACUAGACGUGACGUUGCAGUGGCUGUACAAAAGAGUGGCUUUGCCGUGGCUCUAGAUCGAGACACUGGAUCUAUAGUCUGGUCUAAACUGGCAGGACCAGGUGGUUUGGAGGGAGGAGGGAUAUGGGGGGCAGCUACAGAUGAGAGGACAGUGUAUACGAACAUUGCCAACAGCAAUCGAGAGAGGUUCACACUGGCGCCGUCGAACCAGACAACAACAGUAGGAGCAUGGGUAGCACUGGAUGCAAACUCAGGCCAAAUAUUGUGGUCCACAGCAAACCCCAGCAACGAAGCUGCUCAAGGACCCGUAACAAUAGUAAAUGAUGUACUUUUUGCAGGAUCGGUGGCUCCCAACGGCCCCAUAUAUGCAAUGGAUGCCAAAACUGGCAAUAUUCUAUGGUCAUACAACACUGGUGCGACUGUAUAUGGCGGUGUAUCAGCAAGUUACGGGUGUAUCUAUCUUGGAAAUGGUUAUUCAAUUGGCCUGGCAAGGUUCCACCCUUCUUGGACUGGUGGAACUUCACUCUAUGCUUUCUGCGUUGCCUAAUUAGUGGCAGCUCGAUCGACCUUGGCGAUAUGAACGACCCUAAUAAAACUAUCUCCAUUGUCUCUA